GACUCCUGGACCUGCACCUGCCCGCCUGGGCCAGCUGGCUCUCCAGAAGGACCAGUAAGGUCCUGCAUGACCAUGUGUCCACUCCUCCCUCAGCAGCCGUGGAUCAAGACUCCACUAGGAGCAAAGUGAGGUGCUGCCUUCAGACGCUGGGAUGAGGCCCCCAGUCCUGCUCGCUGUCCUGCUCUGGCUCUGCGGAGUUGGAGCAGAGGAAGAUGGAUGCCCCUCUCUGGAAGGGCGCCCAGACAGGGAGAAUAGAGGACUCCCCCUGGAAGUGAACAUCAGCAGCCAGGGCGAAUCCACCAGCCUCUUUGUGAGCUGGGCAGCCCCCGAGUCAGGGGAGCCUGGGCAUGCCCUCCACCUCACCCACCUGAGCCACCUGGGUGCUCCUGACGGACAGCCGCUCCAGGGCCACACCAACGCGUCCAGCUUUGAGUUUCAGGGCCUGGUGCCCGGGGGUCGCUACCGGCUGGAGGUGACUGCCCUUGGAGCAUGUGCGCAGAAUGCUACCGCCACCCUCACUACCCGCACUGCCCCGAUGGCGGUCCAAGACCUGCAGCUCCGCAGCUCCGGGAGCCCAACCAGCCUGCAGGCCUUGUGGGGUGCUGCUCCUGGGGAACAGGAUGGCUACUGGCUCUUGCUCUCCCACCCAGCAUCCCAGACAUUGGCACACAACAUCUCCGUGCCCCCGGACACCCGGGCCUAUAGCUUUGGAGACCUCAUGCCCGAGAGCCAGUACGUUCUGGAGGUUUCCACCUGGGCUGGCAGCCUCCACGCAAAGACCAGCAUCCACCAGUGGACAGCCCCCUUGGCUCCGGGUCACCUGGAGCUGCGAGCCCUGGGCACCGGCACCCUGCAGGCCUUCUGGAACGGCUCAGAGGGGGCUGCCUGGCUCCAUCUAUUGCUCAUGGACCUCCUGGGGGGCACCAACGUGAGCACAGUCGUUGGGCAGGGGGUCUCCAACUACACCUUCCUGCACCUCUCUCCGGGCACCCCCUAUCAACUGAUGCUUACUGCUGCUAUUGGCCCCCUUCGGGCAGUGGGGCCCAAUGCCAUGGAGUGGACCUAUCCCUCUACCCCACUGGAACUGGUGUUGACUCCUCAGCCCCCAGAGCUCAGGGCAAGUUGGAAGGCCGGGCCUGGGGCCCGGGAUGGCUACCUGCUGAGGUUAAGUGGGCCGGUGGAGAGAAACACCACUCUGGGCCCUGGGGACCUCAAUGCCACAUUCCCAGGACCCCUGCCUGCUGGACACUAUGCUCUGGAGCUGAAGGUUUUGGCUGGGCCCUACGACGCCUGGGCCCAGGCCAGUGCCUGGCUGGAUGAUGCUGCUGCCCAGCCCAGCCCAGGCCAUGGUGCCACCCUGCAGCUGGAUGGGCUGGAGGCAACCAGGGAGCCGGAGAGGCGGGCGCUGCUCUAUGCCAGCGGUGACCCAGGCCUCCUCGGAAAUAUCUCCGUGCCAUCUGGUGCCACCCAAAUCACCUUCUGUGGGCUGGUGCCCGGGGCCGGUUACCGGGUGGAUAUUGCCUCGCCUCGGGGAGUCAUCACCCGGAGCCUCAAAGGCCACACCAGGCCGCUGGCUCCACAGUCGCUGAAAGUUACCAGCAGGGACAGCCCCUCUGAGCUGACCGUCGGCUGGGCCCCAGCACCAGGGCAGCAGGAAGGCUACAUGGUUGCCUGGGACCAGGAGGGCACCCAGAGGCCACUGGGCAGACCUGCCAGCAUGGGCCCAGACACUUCCAGCUGGACUCUGCGUGCCCUGGUGCCUGGCUCCUGCUACGUGGUGUCUGUAUGGGCCUGGGCUGGGAACCUCAACUCCAGCCUCCAGCGGACCAGAGCCUGUACUGCCCAUGCUCCUGGGGGCCGGGACAGCUACCAGGUGACUCUGUACCAGGCGGGCGUCUGGGUGGGCAGCAGCACCACGGGCCCGGAGAUAGACAGCACCAGCUUUCUGGCCUUGACUCCGGGCACGAAGUACGAGGUGGAGGUGGUCUCCAAGGCUGGGCCCCUCCAGGCCGUGGCAGCCAACGUCUCCGGCUGGACCUCCCCGCUCUUGCCCAACGAGCUGUUGGUCUCCAUGCAGGCAGGCAGUGCGGUGGUCAACCUGGCCUGGGCCAGCGGCGCCCUAGGGCAGGGGCAGUGCCAUGCCCGGCUCUCAGAGGCUGGGUACCUCACCUGGGAGGAGCCCCUGGUGCUUGGCCAAGCCCACCUCAUCCUCAGGGGCCUCACACCCGGACGCAACCUCUCCCUGUCCGUGCUGUGCCAGGCGGGCCCACUCCAGGCCUCCACUCACUCCGUGGUAUUACCCGUUGAGCCUGGCCCCGUGGAGGAUGUGCAGUGCCAGCCUGAGGCCACCCACCUGACCCUCAACUGGACGGUGCCCCCCGGUGACGUGGGCACCUGCCUUGUGGUGGCGGAGCAGCUGACAGCCGGAGGGCACGCCCGCCUCAUCUUUCGAGCCAACACCUCUGGGGAUGCAGUGCAGCUGAGCGGCCUGGUGCCUGGCACUUCCUACCGCCUAAGCCUCACUGCUCUGGCUCGCAACGGGCUGUGGAGCCGGGCGGUCACCCUGGUGUGCACCACCUCUGCUGAGGUCUGGCAGCCCCCCGAGUUAGCCGAGGCGCCUGAGCUGGAGCCUGAGCUGGAGAUGGGUGUGGUGAUCCCACGGGCCAUGUUUGGUGAUGGCGACGGGCUGAUCCAGUGGUAUGGCGUCAUUGCAACCACCAACAUGUCAUUGGUCCAGCCGCCCCGGGAAGCCAUCAACUGCACGUGGUAUGACCACUACUAUGGGGGGCAGGAGUCCUACCUGGCCGUCCUGCUCCCCAACCCCUUCUACCCGGGGCCCUGGGCUGUGCCGGUGUCCUGGUCGGUGCCCAUCGGUACAGAAGACUGUGGCCAGACCCAGGAGAUCUGUAACGGGCAACUCAAGACGGGUGCCCCGUAUAGGUUCAGCGUUGCCGCCUUUUCCCGGUCCAGGCCUCCCGAGCCCGUCAUCUCCUUCUCAGCCUUCUCAGAGCCCCGGGCCCGUGUUUCAAGGGCAGCAGUGCCCCUCCCUGUGGUGGUGGGCAUCACGGCGAGCUGUAUCCUCGUGGUCUGUGCCAUGCUGGGGCUGCUGAGCUGGCUGCGAGUGAGAGGGCAGAGGGCCGAAAAGAAUCAGUUUCCCCAAGAGCUGACCAUGUAUAACCUGCGGCGGACCCACCGGCCAGUCCCCAUGCAGAGCUUCCAGCAGAGCUAUGAGGCCAAGAGUGCACGUGCUCACCAGGCUUUUUUCCAGGAAUUUGAGGAGCUGAAGGAGGUGGGCAGGGAACAGCCCAGACUAGAGGCCGAGCACCCAGCUAACGCCACCAAGAACCGCUACCCGCACGUGCUGCCCUAUGACCACUCUCGGGUCAGGCUGACCCAGCUGGAGGGAGAGCCCCACUCCGACUACAUCAAUGCCAACUUUAUCCCUGGUUACACCCACCCGCAGGAAUUCAUUGCCACCCAGGGGCCCCUCAAGAGAACCCUGGAGGACUUCUGGCGGCUGGUGUGGGAGCAGCAGGUCCACACCAUCGUCAUGCUGACUGUGGGCAUGGAGAACGGGCGGGUGCUGUGUGAGCAUUACUGGCCAGCUGACUCCACCCCCAUCACUCUGGGUCACAUCACCGUCUACCUCCUGGUCGAAGAGCCAGAGGAUGAGUGGACCAAGCGCGAGUUCCGGUUGCAGCAUGCGUCUGAGCAUCGCCAGCGGAGGGUGAAGCAGCUGCAGUUCACCACCUGGCCUGACCACAGCAUCCCCGAGGCCCCCAGCUCUCUGCUCACUUUUGUGGAGCUGGUUCGGGAGCAGGCCCGGGCCACCCAGGGCUUUGGGCCCACCCUGGUGCACUGCAGCGCGGGAGUGGGCCGGACGGGCACCUUCGUGGCCCUGAUGAGGCUGCUGCAGCAGCUGGAGCAGGAACAGGUGGUGGACGUGUUCAACACUGUGUAUGCGCUCCGGCUGCACCGACCCCUCAUGAUCCAAACCCCAAGCCAGUACAUCUUCCUGCACAGCUGCCUCCUGAACAAGAUUCUGGAAGGACCCUCGGACACCUCAGAGCCUGAGAAGACCAGGAGCGGGAGCUGGGGAAGCUGGGCUGCCUUCUCCCCUCUGCACCCCUCACCCAGGUGCAGGCCCAUCUCCGUCAAGAAUUUCACACAGGCCUGCGUCACAAGGGCGGCCGAUGCCAAUGCUGGCUUCUUGCAGGAGUACGAGCUCCUGCUCCAAGCCAUCGAGGAAGAGGCUAGCUCUUCGACACCCCCUCCUGGCUGUGAGCAGCGCCGCAGCGUCUCUUAUGACCGCUCUGAAGGGCACUUUCCUCCUCUGGCAGAGGGCUCCCAUGACGAGAUGCUUGAAGCCUGGCUCUUUCCCGGUGGGCCUUCUGGCCGAGACCACAUGGUGGUGACGGGUCCCACGGGCCCAGAGGAGCUCUGGGAGCUGGUGUGGGAGCACGGGGCCCAUGUGCUGGUCUCCUUGUGCCCGCCCGAAGCGCAGAAGCAGGAAUUCUGGCCAACGGAGAGGCAUCCCAUUGUGACGGCUGUGGUGACGGUGCAAUGGGUGGCGGAUAGCAGCACCCUGGGCUGGCCCUGCACCCUCCUCAGAGUCACACAUGGGGAGAGCAGGAAGGAGCGGCAGGUGCAGCAGCUGCAGUUUCCGCCCUGGCAGCCAGGGUGUGAGCUGCCCUUCACCACCCUGCUGCCCUUCCUGGCCGCCGUGGAUGAGUGCUGCGCCCAGGGCAAGAGCAGGAAGCAGGGGACGCUGCUAAGCCACUCCAGCAAAGGCGUGGCCCAGCUGGGCCUUUUCCUGGCCAUGGAGCGCUUGCUGCAGCAGGCUGCAGCUGAGUGCAUCGUGGACGUCUUUAACGUGGCCCUGCAGCAGUCACAGGCCUGCAGCCUUAUGACGCCAACGCUGGAGCAGUAUAUCUACUUCUACAACUGUCUGAACCGCGCUCUGGGGGACAAGCAUCCUUGAGUCGGCACCGGUCACCGCACAGCUGAGGAACAGAUUGAUGUCCCCUGCUGGGCAGUGUGGACCCUGCAUGCCCACUGACGCCCACUUCUCCCAGAGGGCCCCUGGCUGGAAAGGGCAGAGUGGGGAAUAAAGACACGUGGCCAAG